AUACAUCAGCUGAGACCAAAGGCAUAGAAUGUGUGGAGAUGUGUGCGUCCUGCAAAAGUGACAUCUCACGCAGGUGGACAAGUGCUGUCUUCGCCGAAGAAACUACCUUUUUUCUGGCUGCUUGCUAUGCCGGAAAUUGCCUAGCUGUAAAUGCGAUACUGGCACACUCUGCUACCUUCGAUAGGCGAGACGAAAAUGAGGUUGUCGAUCAUGACCACACAGGCGCGAGGCUAGCCUAUAAUCAGCAGAGCCCUGAGCAAGACGAACACACCUCUCUGACUAGCCGACAGCCUUGCAUUUGGCAGAAGGAUCGUCUGGGGCGCACUCCACUAAUGCUUGCGUGUUGCACACCCG